UUCAUUUUCCGGAUAUAUUUUCAGACCGCGACUUGCAAAGGUAUGACACUGGAUUUAUUUAUUAUUCGCUUCGCUCCUGCAACAUCGGCGCUGGUGACAAACCCGCAGAGGUUGCAUGAAACAUCUGGGAAUGAUCAAGCUAAGAAAUAGAAGAAAGCACCGAGUCUCAGCUGGUAUUUUAACGCUGCCGAGCUGAGAGAGCUGUCUGGUUGGAAGUGCGCCCGCGAACAGCCCGACAUUGUAAACACCGCCCAGGUAUCAAUGAUCCCAUAUUCGCCGGUGGUCGCCGGGGUGUCCUGCAUGGUCGUGAGUAGUCUCCUCAGUCAACAUGUUGAAUGUUUUUCGGCGGCAGACUGGGUUUGACGCAUAUUCACCGGUGCUGACCGGUGAAUUUCAUUGGCGCAUUGGAGAAAGCCAAGUCCCCAGCUCCACGUGGUCAGGCGAAUAUAGUGCGAGGACAUUGCGCGUUUAGUGUUAGUUUCGGGAACGUCAGAUAGUGCAACAUGGCUGCAAGAAGAACGAAGAGGCAGCGCAAGGGCAAGGCCCAACCCCCAUCACCACUCACCAGGCAGGAGGAGGAGGAGGAGGAGGAGGCCCGGGAGGGGGAGGCAAGUCAGUAUGAGCUGACCAAGGCGGCAACAGAAGCCAAGGAGGCCAUACUGGCCAUGACACAGCCCGAGACACCACAUGAGAGGGCUGUUGACAGCUUCCUGGGAUUCUAUAAGACUGAGCUUCUCAAGAUACCAGAGAACAUGUGGGUCGACUACAUCAUGGCUGCCAUAGCGGUGGCCCAAAACUUCUCCCAUCCGACUCAGCAGCAGACGGUACACAUUGGACAGCCACAGAUGGUACAGAUGGGACCACCGUUUCAGCAGGCUCACCAGCCACAGUCAUUGAUGGAACCACCACAGAUGCAACCACCACUGAUGUCAUGCUCACCGAUGGCCACCUCACCCAUGGGCAGGUCACCCAGUUCCACAGGACAGCAGCAUUCUACAUCAACACAAUCACAGCAGUUAGCCACUACUUCCACAUACACUACAUUGCAGCCUGCACGAUCUAGUAGCUUCUCUGCACUUGUAGCUGCAUUCACAGACUACCACAGCCUUGACACACCCAGACCUGCACCAGUGUCACCUGGGGGUACCCCCAGGAUGCAAGGGGGGACUUGAGUUUGCUUUUGAAAGGAUUAAUGGGCACGGAUCACUCAUCGGUGUAACGUGUCCAUAAAUGAUGUUAAUGUUUUUUGUACUUGUUUUAUGUUUGACGUUUAUUUAAACUAAAAGAACCUCCUUGCGGUAUGGGAGUACAAUUUUAUGUGAUUAUAAUACAUUUAUUUUU